GUGACUCUCAAAUCCCAUCUUAUUAUUAUAAAACUUAUGCUUUCUACUCCUGUUUGCUCGCUAGGGAAGACACGACGCUUUAGCUAUGGUGCUGAUUAUUCUCUUCAUGGUGACUAUUUGUGUCUCAACUUUCAAAACCGACCACCGCAGAGAUUCGAAGUAUUAUUUCAAUCUGAAACUUUAGAAUAAAUCCACAGUAUGAAACUUCUAUGCUCACCAUCUGUAGUGAGCUAAGCACUCGAUUGUACGUAUGAAGUCCGAGAGCUCCAAGGAUGUUAAUGCUUUCUUGAACGUCAGGUAUUAGCGUCUAGAAAGUAUUAUGUCAAAGUAUUGAAAUCCACGCUAUACCUUAUCUCCUCGCGUUCCAGCAGGCAAGGAUCUCGGUGAUCUACAAGAUAUGUCCUCUUCUAUUUUUAGUGUUCCUUCUUCCCUGUAUUACUGUAGAUAGUUAUACAGCAUGCACAGCCCCCGCUUAGUCAGGGAACAUCAUAACUAACGUUAAAGGGCUAUGUACCCCACCUUGAACCGCUGAAGCCUCGCUCUUUUGAACAUAUACUUUGCGAUCCCUCAACUACACACGACCAGUCUUUGGUAAGUGAGAUCAGAAAAUACCUCCCAGAGUCGCGCAUCACUGAUCUCAUCUAUUAUACAUUCCAGAUUCAUCAUUUAUUGGAUUUACCGUUAACCGUGCUCUAUCAUGGCCGGCGCCGAAACCGGAUUCGUUGUAGGUCUCAUCUCAGCCACCAUCACAAUCAUUGAGGCAACAAAAGCGAUAUACGAUUCCGCCAAAGAUGCACAAGGCCAACCAGAAGCGUUUCGCCAAGUAGCUGCAAGAUUACCCCUAGUCGCCAGAUUCCUCCAUAACGCCCGAGCACGGGCAUCUGCACUCAAUGAGACGGAGCAGGAGGCAUUGGAGCCAGUGCUGGAGUCUUGUAAAGUAAAGACCGAAGCUCUUUGGAAGAUAUUCCAGAAAGUAGUUCGAAGAGAUGGAGACGGAUGGUACGAGCGAUACAAAAAAGCCGCAGUAGCUACAGUAGGAAAACGGACCAAGGUUGAGGCGUUGAUGAGGGACAUAUUGCGGGACAUUCACGUCCUAGCAACCGAAAAGCUAAUGGAAGCUGGAACCAAUGCCGAAAAGAAGGAGAUCGAGGAGGCAAUUAAAGAGAUGGAGAAUAUGCCAUCCUCUCUCACAGAGGAUAUUGGAGAUGCUCUUCAACAGCACCAUAGUGGAAGUGGUGAUAAUUAUGGAGCUACUGGGCGAGCUAUUCAGAACAUCCAUAAGGGUACCGGCGAUAUGUAUCACAAUCGAAUCACUGGAGAUGCACAUUUUGGUGUUAGCCAACACCUCCCUGAUCAACUGGACAAAAAAUGCCUCCGGAGUUUAAGAGUUACUAAUCCUCGGGAUGAUAAAACGAGGAUUAAGGAAACAAAAGGUGGUUUGCUUAAAGAUUUGUACCAGUGGGUUUUUCGCAAUAUCGACUUCCAGCAGUGGCGCUAUGGACAGCAAGGCCGGCUGCUGUGGAUUAAGGGCGACCCGGGAAAAGGAAAGACGAUGCUCCUCUGCGGAAUUGUUGAUGAGUUGGAGGAUGGCAAAGCUUCAACAGCUCUUCUUGCAUACUUUUUCUGCCAGGCGACAGACUCACGCAUCAAUAGUGCUACAGCCGUGUUACGCGGCCUUUUGUACUUGCUUGUUGACCAGCAACCCUCGCUAGUCUCUCAUAUUCGAGCGAAGUAUGACCAAGCAGGAAGAACGCUCUUCGAAGACGUGAACGCAUGGGUUGCGCUCCGCGAGAUCUUUACAAACAUAUUGCAAGAUUCUAGCUUGGGUCGUACGCACUUGAUUAUUGAUGCGCUUGACGAGUGUGUGGUAGACCGACAGAGGCUGCUUGACUUUAUUGUUAAGCAAUCAUCUUCAUCCUCCACCGUCAAGUGGAUCGUCUCUAGCCGUAACUGGCCAGAAAUCGAGCAACAGCUUGCAAUGGCGGGGCAUGGGGUGCAGCUGAGCCUUGAGGUGAAUUCGGAGUCUGUGGCUACCGCCGUUAAUAUAUAUAUUCAGCAGAAAGUGAUCCAGCUGUCGCAGAGCAACAGAUACGAUGCCAGCACAAGGGAGUUAGUGCACCGCCAUCUGUCUUCAAACGCAGAUGGCACGUUCCUCUGGGUAGCAUUGGUAUGCCAGAGCCUUAAAGCCGUCCCAAAGCGGCAUGUCCUGAAGAAGCUAAGUGCCUUCCCGCCUGGACUUGACUCCCUAUACGAGCGAAUGAUGGAACAUAUAGUCAGCUCAGAUGAUGCUGAUCUUUGCAAGGAAAUACUUGCCUUAAUCGCAACCACAUAUCAACCGCUUACGCUACAGGAGAUAAUCACGCUUGUAGAGCCAUUUGAGGACGCAGCGGAUGAUCCUGAAACAGUAGAAGACAUCAUUGGCCGCUGCGGCUCGUUUCUUACUACACGGGAGAAUAUCGUUUACUUCGUGCACCAGUCCGCAAAAGAUUUUCUGGUUAAGAAGGCUGCCAACACUAUUUUCCCGUCUGGUACAGAGAACGCCCAUUAUGCAGUUUUCUCCAGAUCCCUUAAGGUUUUGUCGAACUCGCUUUGUCGAGACAUGUACAAUUUACAUGCGCCUGGAUAUCCUAUCGAGCGGGUUGCACCGCCAGACCCAGAUCCGUUAGGAAAAGCACGAUAUUCGUCUAUUUACUGGGUAGACCAUCUAAAUAGCUGUGGCUCUAUUGCUACUACAGAACAUAUAGCCGAUCUACAGGACGGAGGAAUCAUUGACCAAUUUCUACGACAGAACUACCUCUAUUGGCUAGAGGCGCUCAGCCUUUGCAAGAGCAUGUCAAAAGGAGUAGUAUCAUUAGCAGAACUCGAGGCUAUUAUACAUAAAACAACGAGCGACUCUGCGUUACGCGAUCUAGUGAAAGACGCCCGUAGGUUUGUUAUGUAUCACAAUAGGGCCAUAGAGGAGGCACCCCUUCAAGCAUAUGUGUCGGCUCUAGUGUUUAGCCCUAGGCUUAGUUUGAUCCGGAACUUGUUUAAGCAGGAGGCACCGCCUUGGAUCUCUAUAAAGCCGCCGAUGAGAGAGAACUGGAGCGCGUGCCUUCAGACACUUGAGGGCCACAGCAGUUCAGUCAACUUAGUGGCCUUCUCUUACGACUCAACGCGGCUGGGGUCGGCGUCAGAGGACGGCAUCGUUAAGAUCUGGGAUGCAGCCAGUGGCGCAUGCCUGCAGACGCUUGAGGGCCACAACAGUCUAGUUAACUCGGUGGCCUUCUCUCACGACUUGACGCGGCUGGCGACUACGUCGCUCAGCGGCACCGUUAAGAUUUGGGAUACAGCUAGCAGCGUGUGCCUGCAGACGCUUAAGGGCCACAGCGGUUUAGUUCACUCAGUGGCCUUCUCUCGUGACUCGACGCGACUGGCUUUGACGUCAUUGAACGGCACUGUUAAGAUCUGGGACGCAGCUAGUGGCGCAUGCCUGCAGAUGUUGGAGGGCCAUAGAGGUUUCGUCAACUCGGUGGCCUUCUCUCACGACUUGACGCGGCUGGCGUCGACGUCGUUUGACGGCACCGUCAAGAUCUGCGACACAGUCAGCAGCGCGAGUCUGCAGAUGCUUAAGGGCCAUAGCGAUCCAGUUAGGUCAAUAGCCUUUUCUCAGGACUCAGUGCGGCUGGCAUCCGCGUCGGACGACGGCACCGUUAAGAUCUGGAAUAUAGCCAACGGCGCGUGCCUGCAGACACUUAAGGGCCACAAUGUUUCAACACUUAAGGGCCACAGUAGUUUAGUUAACUCAGUAACAUUCUCUUACGACUCAACGCGGCUGGCGUCAGCGUCAAAAGACCGCACUAUUAAGAUCUGGGAUACAGCCAGCGGCGCGUGCUUGCAGACACUUGAGGGCCACAGCGGUUUAGUUAAUUUAGUGGCCUUCUCUCACGACUUGACGCGGCUGGCGUUGACGUUGUUUGAUAGCACUAUUAAGAUCUGGGACAUAGUCAGCAGCGCUUGCCAGCAGACACUCAAGGGCCACAGCAGUUUAGUCAACUCAGUGACCUUUUCUCAUGACUUGAGGCGGCUAGCGUCAGCGUGUAACAACCGUACUAUUAAGAUCUGGGACGCAGCUAGUGGCGUGUGCCUGCAGACGCUUAGGGGCCACAGAAGUUCAGUUAGGUCAAUAGCCUUCUCUCACGACUUAAUGCGGCUGGCGUCAGCGUCCAACGACCGUACUGUUAAGAUCUGGGACACAGCUAGCGGCGUGUGCCUGCAGACGCUCAAGGGCCACAGAAAUUCAGUUAACUUAGUGGCCUUCUCUAACAACUUGACGCGGCUAGCGUCAGCGUCCAACGACUGUACCGCCAAGAUCUGGGACGUAGCUAGCGGAGCGUGCCUGCAGACGCUCAAGGGCCACAGUGGUUGGGUUGGCCUGGUGGCCUUCUCUCACGACUCGACCGGGCUGGCGUCCGCGUCGGCCGACCGCACCGUCAAGAUCUGGGAUGCAGCCAGCGGCGCGUGCCUGCAGACGCUCGAUGUUGGCCGUACACUUCUCACUCUGUCGUUUAACAAUUAUGGCUCUGGCCUUCUUACAGAGAUUGGUGCUUUCGAUCUUGAUACCACGUCAUCAUCAUCGUCAUCAUCAAAUAUUAUAGCAGCCCAGAAGUCUAAGACUCCCCAGUACCAAGCCACUGCAUUGAGUUUGGACAAGACGUGGAUAACGUGCGAUUCGCAAAACGUAGUUCGGCUACCCUCAGAGUAUCGCCCUUACUGUUCAACUGUACAAGAGAAUAUGAUUGGAAUUGGUGUAGGAUCUGGAAGGGUAUGGAUGUGCAGUGUUAAGUGUACGAGGUACUGA